GGAGCCCGGGUCCGGAGCGCAAAGUCCGCUGUCCGAGGCCAGGAAGCUGGCGCGGGCGGGCGGCACAGGUGGCUCAGGCCAUCGGCCCUGCAAGAUGCCGCUUGGACUGCUCAGGAAGAAGAAGACAGCCAAGUCCAAGGAGACGGCGCAGCUGGUGGAGGGCGAGAGGCCCGGCGUCCGCGAGGGCAUCCCCGGACCCCCAGCUCCGGCGCGCAGGCUGGUGUUCCACGCCCAGCUGGCGCACGGCAGCGCCACGGGCCGGGUGGAGGAGUUCUCCAGCAUCCAGGAGCUCUACGCCAAGAUCGCCAGCGCCUUCGAGAUCCAGCCGUCCGAGAUCUUAUUUUGUACGUUAAACACUCCCAGAAUUGACAUGGAAAAGCUCCUGGGAGGGCAGCUGGGUCUUGAAGAUUUCAUAUUUGCCCACGUGAAAGGCAUCAGAAAGGAAGUGAACGUCUACAAAGCGGAGGACUCGCUUGGACUCACCAUCACAGAUAACGGCGUUGGCUAUGCCUUUAUCAAGAGAAUUAAAGAUGGCAGCACCAUUGACUCGAUCAAAACCAUCUGUGUGGGGGACCACAUUGAAUCCAUAAAUGGAGAAAACAUUGUCGGGUGGCGUCACUAUGAGGUCGCUAAGAAGCUGAAGGAGUUGAAAAAAGAGGAGCACUUUACUCUGCAGUUAAUAGAGCCCAAGAAGGCAUUUGAAAUAGGACCAAGGUCAAAAGCUGGAAAGACGUCUGCAGAUAAGAUUGCCACUUGCAGAGGGACUCUUCGUCUGAGGUCGAAAGGUCCUGCCACAGUGGAAGAGCUGCCAUCGGAAGCCAAAGCAAAGGCGAUUGAAAAGGUUGAUGAUCUCCUCGAACUGUACAUGGGAAUUCGAGAUACUGACUUGGCUACGACCAUGUUUGAAGCUGGAAAAGACAAAAGCAACCCGGACGAGUUCGCUGUGGCACUGGAUGAGACUCUGGGCGACUUUGCCUUUCCCGACGAGUUUGUGUUUGAUGUGUGGGGAGCCAUUGGCGACGUGAAACGGGGGAGAUGAUGGCGUGGACAGUCUUCCCGAAGGAAUGACGGGAGUUCUUUCCAAGGCGGUCUUCUUGGGGACUCUUAGGGAUCCUUAUGAACUCUACUUUAGCUUCAUGUGUAGGAGACACUGUCUACGAAACGUAACUCUGAUUUAUGGAUAAUAAGUAGCUUCCCAUGUAGUAUGCUUAAGAUAAGUUAAAGUGUGAUCCAUUUUAAUAUUUGUCCAAAAGCCUCUAAAAGUGAUUUUUUUAAAUAAAGAAACAUUUCUGCACAGGUGGUCUCAUUCCCUGUUGACACUCAUGCCUUACUUUCCACAUUAAACAGUUGGUUACAACA